CAAUGGCUUCUGUUGAUUUGAAUUCGGACAACAACGCCGAAGACAUGGAUGAAGAAUAUCAAGUUUUUACCAGAAUGGAAGACAUCACCGAACAAGAUGACAAAAAUCUUGCUGGAGCCAAAAAAGAAAUUCGCAACGACCUUACUGUGAUAAUACCAGAAAAUCCCUUUCCAGAAAUCGAAGUGGACGCUUAUCCUCCAUUAAAAUUUUCUUGGGUAAUUCCGAAAAAGUUAGCUGCGAUGGCGUUUCCAAGAAAUAAAGAGAAUUUACAGUUCUUAGUGAACCAGGGGAUAACACAUCUGGUAACACUCACAGCGGGGAAAAAACCACCAAUGGAUGAUAUGCCUAGACUGAGAUGGUCAGAAGUGCCGAUUGAAGAAUUUGAACUACCGACGUUGGAGCAAAUUAAGAAGUUCAUUGAUAUUUGCAAAAGGGCGGACAAAAAUGAAGAGGUAAUUGGGAUCCACUGUCGACAAGGUCGCAGCCGGUCAGGCGUACUAUUGGCCUGCUACCUCGUCCACUUCCACAGAUUCCUGCCAGACCAAGCCAUCAACGUCAUACAGAUGAUCAGACCAGGUUCUUGCAAUUCCCCUGAACAUGAAGAGGCUAUAGGAAGAUACUUUGAGCACCUGACUGAAGACAAUCCUCUCAAGUUCGGAGUCAGCAGUUCUGUAAUGGACGAAUUCAUUGAACAGGCUGGAGAAGCCACGAAAAACGGACUCUAGUGUACUACAUUUCUGAAACAAAAUCACUUUAGUUCGUUAAGUACUUAAAAUCAUAAAACAAAUUACAGAAACAAAGGUGUUAAUAGGUUAAGAUUUAUGAUAAGGCUACAUUAUAGGUUGAAUAUUUAAUAUGAUCAGCAUUAGAUCAAAAAAUAAGUUUAUUUACAAUAUCGCGUUGGCCAAUGAGCGGUACUUUUUUCAUGUCAAUGUUAAAAGAGUAACUAAUCAGGUGCCACUGACUAACAAUCUGAUUGGUUCAUUUGCUUGACA